AUGAUAACAGACGUCUCUGAAGAAUUAGCAAAGAGUUCGGAACGGGUAACGGUCCUGACGAGAUUCGGACCAGUAACUGGUCGGCGUGCAACGAAUGGCACCGCUGUCUUCCUGGAAAUACCAUUCGCUUUACCUCCUGCGCGUUUCGAGAAUCCUGUGGCUCUGCCACUGGACUUCAGGUAUAAGGACAUUGAGUACAUCAACGAGUCCUGCUAUGCUGCCCAGCCGAUGAACAACGGUCAAGCAGCAGGUUUUUCUGUUCAAGAUAUGCUGGGACUCGGUUCGCCAACGGAGAAUCCAUUGUUUUUGAACAUCUUUAUCCCGCCAUCGUAUGAUCUUAAACAGGAGUCGUUGAGGUUCCCAGUCAAGGUAUAUAUCCAUGGAGGAUUCCUUCAGUUCGGCUCUCCACACGGCCUAAGCGCCCAGGCUCAGUAUGUCGCGGCAGCACGAGAUGAAAUAUACGUGAAUAUUGGAUACCGUCUGUCGGCGUUUGGCUUCCUUGCCUGCGACAGUCCGCGCAUUGAAGGGAACUUCGGAUUCAAGGACCAAUGGCUUGCCUUGGAAUGGAUCAAGGAUAACAUAUCCGCGUUUGGCGGUGAUCCCGAAAAUAUACAACUUACGGGCUUAUCUGCAGGUGCUCAUUCCGUUCAUCAAAUCCUGCAUCACGCUUCGUGCCUUCCAGAGGGACGGAAAGCGCCUUUCCGGAGCGCUGCGCUUCAGUCCAAUGCUAUAGUAAUGGCUCCCAAGACGCCGGCUGAACUUCGCCCCCAGUUUUCUGCAUUAUGCUCUGCGCUUUCCAUCGAUCCAUCUUCCCCGGAUGCUUUGGAAACACUCAAAGACCCAGUGAAAACGCCUUGGCAGGCAAUCACUUCCGCCAUUGAUGCAGAGAAGCUUGGAGCCUUUGGAACUUUCCGUGGCUGCCUUGAUGGUGACUGGCUCGCAGUUUCACCAGAGCCAAUGUCUUGGCAGCAUUCAGGAGGGUUUGCCGCUGGUCUACGUCGCGUAGGUGUUGAGUCAAUCAUCGUUGGCGACCUCAGAGACGAAUGGUACCUAUACGCCUUAUCUCAUCCUAUUGAGAGCCCGGACGACAUACGGAAGAACCUACUGCGCUACUAUCCCGCCGAGUGUACUGACGUGUUGCUCGCGAUGUACCCGCCACUGGCUAAAGACGCGAAGCAAGAAGACUGUUUCGAACAGUUUGGGAGAAUUUUGAGUGAUAUGCAGGUCCAUUUGCCUGUGAGGAUCCUCUACCGAGAUCUAAUUUCGAGCGGUUUCCCUGUGAUUCGGUACGAUAUUCGCUGGACACCAGAACAAGUGCGGCAGAUUGCGAAAGGCUAUGUCACGCACGGAACCGACCGUGUCAUCUGGUGUUACUUUGAACCUUUCUUGAGCGAGAGCCAAAGGGCAGUAGCAUUGUCCUGGUUGGCGACCAUCGACGAGGAACUGACGAAGGCAGAGAAAGCUGCUGGAAAGCCAUUGAAAGACGUGCAGCAAGUUCUUACGUUACGCGAGGAUAUGACGAUAGGAUGGGAAAUUGAUAGACGUUUUGACGAGGUUAUGAGGCUCCUCAAGGCACUGACAUAG